AGUCACGUUCCCCAUACCAUUGCAUAGCAGAGUCGUUUCUAGCGUUUUCGUUUUCUUCUUCGUCUUCGUCUAAUCUCUUAUCCUUUCAUUUCUCCUUAUCAUCUUUGAAAGAAAAUGUCUUGCUGUGGAGGAAACUGCGGAUGCGGCUCUGGCUGCAGCUGCGGUAGUGGCUGCGGAGGGUGCAAGAUGUACCCAGACUUCUCUUUCUCUGGAGAGAGGACAACUACAGAGACCAUCAUCGUUGGGGUCGCUCCUGAGAAAUCAUCCUUCGAUGCUUCCGAGAUGGGCGUUGAGGCCGAGAACAAUUGCUGCGAGGGCUGCAAGUGUGGAGCCAACUGUACCUGCAACCCCUGCAACUGCAAGUGAAGGUCGGAAGAAGAAGGGAGGACUAAUUCAUCCUUAUAAAAUAAUAUAAUAGAGAUAUAAUGUUCUCACUGUGUUGUGUCCAGUGUGAAGCUUUUCUUAAAGAGUCCUUUCUGGGACAAGCUUCCAAAUAAAGGUAGUUUUGUUCUAACUAGUUGGGUGUUGCAGUUGGUUCAUGGCUGCUUUUGUUAGUGUAUUUGCUUUCGAAGAAAGAGGUUGUUAAUGAAAAUGAAAGAAUCUUAAGCCCUUUCUACAA